AUGACCGAACUACAGAUGCGCCCGGCAAUGGCGCGUGGCCUCGAUGCCCGUCCAACGGUUAAUGACUUUCAGGACGAGAAUCCGUGGGUGUCUCUAGCUAAAGCUCACUGGUUGAAGCCUAGCAAAGUGCGCAAAGCGAGACCGGAAGUGGUCAAGAAUGAGAUCUGGGAUCCUUUACAACGCGAUGGAUUUCCUCUCCACUCGCUUCUAAUACUAGAAAAUCUCCAUAUCCUCGAGAAGUUCCUUUGGCCAACAUAUACUGAAGAAGCAUCGAAUUACCAUAUUAUGUUAAUUGCGGUGAUCGUAGGAAUAAAAAGAAGGGAACAUUUGCCUAUUUGGAGCCAUUUUUUUGACCGCCCUGCGGACUUCUCAACUCUCUUCCGGCGUAUACUCUCCAUGAAUCUCGAUGCUACACUACCGUUGCCUUCGAAAGUACACCUUCUUUCCUUUGUCAUUGGUGCCUUCCAGUCACUUGAAUGCAGCCAAAUUCGCAAAGAGUGUGCUCCACUAGUCUCCAUUUCUAUAUGGGAAAAUCUUUUCAGCAAAGAUUCCAGAGACAACUUGCUUCAGCAGUCAGGAGCGUUGAAAAAGGCGUGGCGAUUGGCUAGUAAGCGAUAUGACUCUGCAGAUGAACAAGGGAAGUCGAGGAUACGGUUUGAAAGAUCAUGGCUAUAUUCGAUGCUACUAGAUUUUCUCCGGCGUACAAAUCUGUCUCAAGAAGAACGCAAUAACGAAGACAACACCAGGUUUUGCGAGAGAUUCCUUGAGCUGUUGGUGGAUCUCGAGAGCCAGCUCCCUACCCGGCGAUACGUAAAUGUGUUAUUAAAGGAUCUCAACAUUCUGCCCGUUCUUCGCAAGAGCAAACUCUAUAACCAUGAGAAAAAUACCCUUGUGAGAGAUUUCUAUGUCCUGUUGCGACGGUUUAUCAACUUUUCAAUCGACGAUCAAUCCGGUCAGCAUCAAUCGGCACAAGAGGCCUAUGAGUUCCAUUGUCAAGAACUAGCAAGACUUCAGAGAACAGCGCUUAGACACUUCAAGGAGGAAUUGACGCUACUGGCAUUAGCUAAUUAUGGAUCGCUGGAGAAACGAUCUGAGCUUGCGGAACAUCUUCGCGGUAUUGAUGACUCGCAGCUGAAACGGUUAUGCCACCUGUUGGGAUUUAGGACCUCUUAUCCAGAUCACACCAAUAUCAUACCUGACCGUGAACUACUCCUAGAAAUCCUCCUUUUACAUUUCGAACGGCGACCAACCUUUCAAGAAGUCACAGCUGAAGUCAACGUGCUUCCCACUGAGAAUUCGCUGUAUGAUCCUGCCCUGGUUCGAAACGAGGCAUACGAUGGUUCCAGGCCCCUCGCAAUCCCAAAGCUGAACCUCCAGUAUUUAAGUUUAGCUGACUUUUUAUGGAGAUCCUUUCUUCUAUACCGGUCAGAAUCCUUCUAUGAGAUCAAGAGUGACCUAGAAUCAGUAGUCAAGCGAAUGCAGCCCAAAGUGGGACAUGAUGGUAAGGUCUCCUUUGAUGGGUUCUCGAAGAUGGCUCUGCCUAUUUCAAGGCCUGCCAUCAUUGACGUUGCUCAGGCAAGAGUGGGCACCCUCCAUCCAGCCUAUGUUCGCUCGGAAAUAACUCUUGAGGUUGGCAGACUUGGUGACACUAUUCGGCAAGAAUGGGAAUCGCUUCGACCAGAUGAUGUUAUUUUUUUGCUUUCAGUAGCCCCGAAAAAGACGGAGAAAGCAGCUUCCGUUAUUAAUCAACGAUCUGAGUUUAAAGACAGUAUCAGUAUUUUGCACGUUCGAACUGGUGCUGUUGUUCAGAUACUAGAUGAUAAUGGGCGUCCGUUGCGAGAUACAACACAGAGCAGAGCUAAUGGAUACCCUCAAAGACCUCGCCUCAGGAGACUUCUUGUGAACUUAGAUGCAGUAUCCUACAAAGCCGAUCUAGAUAGAGUCCAGAAAGGCAAACCAGAUAUCUACAACUCCAUGAAUGUGCUUGUACGCCGAAGGUCCCGCGAGAAUAACUUCCGGCCUAUUCUGGAAACUAUGCAAUCGCUGACCAUUACUGAUGCAGAACUUCCAUCGUGGCUACAGGAAGUUUUCUUAGGCUAUGGUGACCCAGCUGGAGCGAGAUACACGGAGCUCGAGAACCGUGUAAAAUCAGUCGACUACCGAGAUACAUUCCUUGAUUGGCAUCAUCUUGUGGAGAGCUUUCCAGGGCAGAAAAUUGAACCAACAGAAGACUCUACAACCAUAUUUGGGCCUCCUUAUGUUCUUGAUAUAGUUGAUGAAUCGUCAAAAGCCGAAACACUGAAUCCACCCAGGAAACGAAGACGAGACCAGGCGGAAUCAGUUCAGUCAUCCUCCAAUUCAAUACGAGUAUCUACCUAUAAACCUCCUAAUCCCGGCCCCUAUCCUAUGGAUGCCCCAAAAGUCAACCGGGUCCGAUUUACUCCUGCUCAAGUUGAAGCCAUUACCUCUGGAACUCAACCAGGGCUAACAGUAAUUGUUGGCCCCCCAGGGACCGGCAAGACAGACGUCAUCACCCAAAUAAUCAACAAUAUCUAUCAUAACUUUCCCCAAGAGCGUACCUUACUCAUUGCGCACAGCAACCAAGCACUCAACCAGUUGUUCCAAAAGAUUGUUGCUUUAGAUAUAGAUGAGCGCCAUUUACUUCGACUUGGCCAUGGCGAGGAAGAACUAGAGACCGAAUCUAAUUUUGGAAAAUUUGGUAGAGUCGAGUCAUUUCUUGAGAAUCGUGUGAAAUAUCUUGCAGAGGUUGACCGUCUUGCAGCUUCUAUUGGAGCCGAAGGAGCCCAUGGAAGUACUUGCGAAACAGCCGGAUACUUUAAUACUGUCUACAUUCGACCGGCAUGGAUCAAAUUCUGGGACAAGGCACUCUCCGAAAAUUCGACAAGUGAGGACAUUAUCCAAUACUUCCCCUUUCACAGCUUUUUUUCCAAUACUCCUCAACCUCUCUUCCCAGCCGAUGCCUCAAAAGAGACACUCGUAGAUAUUAUCGAGGGGUGUGAGCGGCAUAUAGGAAAAGUUUUUUCUGAAUUAGAAGAUAUACGGCCCUUUGAGAUCUUAAGGCAACAGCGAGAUAAAGCCAAUUACCUCCUAGUUAGGGAAGCGAGGGUCAUUGCUAUGACCUCGACACAUGCCGCAAUGAGACGACAAGAGAUUUCUGACCUUGGUUUCCACUAUGACAGCGUGGUUAUGGAGGAAGCGGCACAGAUCACAGAAAUUGAAAGCGUGAUUCCAUGUAUGAUGCAAAAGACGAAAAGCGGAGAAUUCCCGCUUAGGCGAAUUGUGUUAUGUGGUGACCAUUUACAAAACUCUCCGAUCGUUCAAAAUAUCGCAUUCCGUCAGUACGCCAACUUUGAACAAACGCUAUUCCUACGGCUCGUGAGAUUAGGUGUACCUACCAUCAACCUCGAUCAGCAAGGUCGGGCUCGCCCCUCUAUUGCAGAGCUAUUCAAGUGGCGGUAUGAGAAACUAGGCAAUCUCCCCAUUGUAGAAUCUCAAGAAGAGUUCAAACUUGCCAAUGCCGGUUUCCGGUAUGACUGCCAGCUCAUCAAUGUGCCCGAUUACCAAGGCCAAGGUGAAAGAGAACCGACUCCUCACUUUAUCCAGAAUCUUGGUGAAGCUGAGUAUGCAGUUGGGAUCUAUCAAUACAUGCGAUUACUUGGGUAUCCGGCAUCUAAGAUCUCGAUUCUAGCCACAUACGCCGGUCAGAAGGCAUUGAUUAAAGAUGUUUUAAGCCACAGGUGUGCAAAAAAUCCUCUUUUUGGUCUGCCAAAAAUCGUCACAACUGUAGACAAGUACCAAGGUGAACAGAAUGAUUAUAUCAUUCUCUCACUAACCCGCACUAAGACUGUGGGCUAUCUCCGAGAUGCGCGACGAUUAACGGUAGCACUAUCACGAGCACGCCUAGGGCUCUACAUUCUAGGCCGGCGAGAGGUCUUUGAAUCAUGCUUCGAACUCAAGCCAGCGUUUGAUAUCCUAGCUCAACGGCCAGAUAAGCUAAUGCUUAUACCAAAUGAGCUAUUCCCAGCGACAAGAGCUGUCGACUCUUCAGAUAACGAAGGUACUCCAAUGGAAAACCUGGAGCAUCUUGGCCAGUAUGUAUUUGAGAUGACCCAGGCAAAAGUGAAGGCUCUUGGGGUAGGCCCGACAGUCGAAGCCAACGAUGAAAUUGAUGGGCCAAUCGGAGAAUCUGACGAGGAAGAUGACACUGCGCGUGAAGGCGCAAUCGAGUAG